AUGCAUCUCAUGUACCUCCCCGAGGCCAACGGCUCGGGCCGGCGCUACACGCUCAAGAAAGUCAUGGACGGGCAGGUCACCAAGUCGGCGCACCCGGCACGCUUCUCGCCCGACGACAAGUGGUCGCGGCACCGCCUGGCUGUGCGCAAGAGGUUCGCUGUGCUGCUGGCGCAGAAGAUGGAUAAUCGUCGGGUUGGUUCGUUCGGCGAGACGAAGGACGACGACAUCGGCAAUGCCACGCUAUGGUCGCUGUGCGAUCAAUCCUCCCUCAAGUAA